AUGUUUCGUUCACAAAACGAUAAUGAGGGGGUGGUGUUAUUUAAUGAGGGGCCUUCAAUAUUAAUUUCCGACGAGCAAGAUAAAAUACUCGAAGAGCUGCUUGCAGACUACGCGACUGAAGUAAACGCCACCGCUGAAGAAAACAACAAUGUCGAGUCGAAGAAAAGUAUGCAUAGAGAUAUCGAAAGGCAGCGAAGGCAAGAAAUGUCUCUCCUUUACGCUUCCCUUCGAUCCCUUCUUCCUCUCGAAUACGUCAAGGGAAAGAGAGCAGUAUCAGAUCACAUGCACCAGGCUGUGAACUACAUAAAAAAUAUGCAAAAGAAAAUCGGAGAAAUGCGAAUAAAGAGAGACGAGUUGAAUAAAUUGUCGAAUAAUGUAUCUGAAACAAGAGAAGAUCGUGUUAUCAUUGAAGCUGCAAAUUCUUCGCCUACUUUCUGUGUGAAGAUAAAUCUUUGCAUUAAUGGUGGAAUAUUUGAGAUUUUAAUCAGCAGUAGUAUUAUCGAUAAGGGGAGUUUUUCGCCAUCGAAGGUGUUCGACAAAUUGCUUCAGAGAGGUUUGAAUGUAAUUAGCUUUGUUUCUACUAGAGUGGAUAAACUGUUCCUCCAUAAAAUUCAGAUUCAGGAAAAUGAUUUCACAAGCAAUAUUGAUCUAACCAAGCUUGAAGAGGAACUGGUCAAUGUGAUGAAACGUGUUUAAUUAUAUAUAUAUGUCAGGAUAUCAAUAAUCAAGAGAGAAGUGAUCUUGAAUUUUUAAUUUGAUUUUUUUU